UUAACAUCUCAGUGGUCAUAUGACUCAAGUGUGUCUGUAAGGUGGAUGUUGUUAUCUACUGUUCUACAGUUGAGUCAAGUUUUGUACUGAAUACAAAUGAUCAUUCACGACUUUCUUCGGUAGAGAAGACAUUUGAGUAUACAGUACGGACCUAACAACAUGGUUGCAAUGGCUGGUUUGAUAGACAUAAGGAGCCGACUCGCAGGGCUUUUUUUGGUUGUGCAAGCUCUGUGUGUACAAGUAUGCAUCUCUUUCGGCCAGAUUGACCCUUUGGUCUAUGAUGAGCAACUGCUGUGGGUGAGUGGCGGGGCGGGGGAGGUGAGCACCUACCGCAUCCCCCUGCUUUCCUUCACCCCGAAGGGCAGUCUGCUGGCCUUCGCUGAGGCGCGGAAGGAGUCUGCCAGCGACAUCGGGGCCAAGUUCCUCGCCAUGCGACGCUCCACAAACAGAGGUGCUACCUGGUCUCCAACCUCCUUCAUAGUGGAUGACGGCUCCCUGGCAGAUGGGCUGAACCUUGGUUCGGUGGUGGUGGAUGAGGAGACUGGCUCCGUGAUGCUGAUCUACUCUCUGUGCUUCCACCAGUACCAGUGUGAACCCGCCAGUGUUAUGCUGGUGGAGAGCUUGGACGAUGGUCUCAGCUGGAGCCGACCGAGGAACCUCUCGAUCCAGCUCGGGGUCAAGAACUUUGCCCCUGGGCCCGGCUUUGGGAUUCAGAAACAUUACCCUCCAGCCAAGGGGCGUCUGGUUGUGUGCGGACACGGAACCCUGGAGGGAAAUGGAGUCUUCUGCAUUCUGAGCGACGACCACGGACGAAGUUGGAAGAACGGCGCCGCGCUGAAAAGCAUCCCUUACAACCAGCCCAAGCAAGCUCUGGACUUCAACCCGGAUGAGUGCCAGCCAGUGGAGUUGGAGGACGGCAGCAUCGUCAUCAACGUGCGCAACCAGAACAACUACCACUGCCACUGCCGCAUUGUGACGCGCAGCUUGGACGGGGCCGAGACGUUACCUCUGGAGUACCUGGUGUUUGACUCCACCCUGGUAGACCCUGCAGUAGCUGCAGGGAUGCUGCAGAAGGAAGGCGUGAUGUACUUCACCAACCCAGCUAACAGCUCCCAUCGGAUCAACCUAACCCUGCGGUGGUCUCUGACCAAUGGUACCUCGUGGGAGAAGAAUGAUGCCCAGAUUUGGGAGGGGCCGAGUGGUUACUCCAGCAUGACAUCAUUUCCACAUGGUGGUGCCGAGGACAGGAAGUAUAUUUUCGUCAUCUACGAGAAAGGCCACAAAAACUAUGACGAAACCAUCUCUUUUGCCAAGAUCCACCUAUAUAGUGGGCGGUAGUCGGAACUAGGAUUCGUUUGAACCUUUUUCGAUCAAAAUGAAUUCGUUUAUAUUGACGGAGGCACAUGGCGGAAGUAGGAACUAGGAACUGUUUAACCUUUUAGAUGAACAUGAAUUGGUUUAUAUUGACAGGGACACCUGAUUCUUGAUCAGCACAGAAAUAUUUUUAUAAAUAAAAAAGUAGGUGGCUGGCGGUAGGAAAUACUCAACCUAGAUCAGUGGUUGAGAGGCAGAUCCCUUCUCCAGCUAGGGGGGGAUGUAGGGGAGGUAAAGGGAACAAAACGAUCAAGUUGGGAUUUAGCAGUACCACUGUGUUUUAAUAAGUGAAUGUAGAUGUGUAGAAAUGUGAACUAUGGCCCUUGUCCUGAGGAUGGCUUUUAAUUCAUUAGGGUUGUAUUCAUUAGGCCAGGUCUAAUGAAUACAAGGCUCCCGAAACUAAGCAAGUCUCAGCCACCUUUUUUCUUCUGGAAGGAUAUGCUUUUAGAGUGUUUAGUAAGUUUAGUAUGGUUCAUAAGUAUUGGGACAGAUUUCUUAUAUUUUUACUUUGCUGUUUCCAGAUAUAUUACCUCUCAGUCAGUGUAGUUCCCAGCCCAUCGUGUCUAACACAAACUAGAGUGGUUGCAUUUUCAAAAUGUCAAGGAAAAUCUUUUGAAGAGGGAGUGUUCAUAUAGAGAAUAUAAUUAUAAGGUUAACAUUUUAAAUCAACCAAUUACUGUAAGGUAUGCUUUGAUUUGAGGGUCUGUUUGCAUAACGUUUUCACCGUUCAGAAAUGACAACACUUUCAGGGCACUAGAUUAUAUAAGCACAUAUAUUUACAACAUGGUUUCAUAUCUUUUGCUUGUAACUGCCUCAAGUCUGUGGCCAAUUCACCCCUCCAGCUGCUGAGUAUAUUUUACAUCAGUUACUUUAACAAAGACAAAUGAGCCAGUUCAAGUGGCAGUUAUACAUCCCCAUGUCAUAACACCCCCUCCGUCAUAUUUCACAGAGAAGGUGGUGUGUUGCGGAUCUUGAGCAGUUGGUUUUCCUUUCGUACUUUCCUCUUGCCAUCACUUUACAGGUGUGCAUCACAUUUUCUCUGUGUGGAACUGGCUGACACAUCAACGCUUACCUACUAGAGAUGGUUUUUGAUCUGUGGGACAUUUAUUUAUUUUUUAUUAUUAUGGAGCAUUCUCUUCUUUGGUCAUCCACAGUAGUGGUCUUCCUUGGCCUACCAGGUCUUUCACAUUUGCUAAGCUCACCAGUGCUGUUCUUUGUAAUGGAUGUUUGCAAUGUCUAUGGUUUUGGCUUCAUUUUAGUUUUUUUGCCUCAUAAUGGGGUCCUUGACUUUUAAUGACACCUGUUUGGUCCUCAUGUUGACAGACUGUAAUGACAGAUCCCGAAUGCAUUUUCAAAACCAAUAAUAAGGACUAAACAUUGACAGCUCCCUUAAGGCUCAAAAUUAUUUUGACAGAACACACCUGACUAAUCAGUAACACCUGUGAAGCCAACUGCGCCAAUGCUUUUGGUUCCCUGCAAUGUUAAACCAUGUAUACAACUAUUUCAACCAAUAAUGGCAGAGAGUCUAUAAAUUACUAUUUAGUGUAAUUGUUUGAUUUGGAGUGUGGAGCCAAUUGAAUCUUUUUUUCCCUCUUUCACACUGUGACACCAUACCACGGAUAUGACAACACAUUUUUAGUAUUCUAAUUAACUCAGGUUUCCAUAGCAUGUGUUAACAUCAAGACAGUAGUUGUACUUUUUAUCCCUAUGUAGUUUUUCUCCAUUAUCUCAUCAUUAGCUGACAUGGUGGUAUGCAAUUGAUUCUUUAUUUAGUGGUAAGACAUUCAAGAGUGUGGAUGGUUGUUAAUUUAAAGUUAUUUUGUAUUUAUUGAGGAUAAACUGGAUCUCUGGGAUGGAAAUGUCUAAUUGCCAUAUGUUAAGGUCCCCAUGAAUAUGUAUUUUAUUUUGCAUAUACCUUUAAUGAAACACUUGAUUUCUUACAAGGUUUCUUCCUUUAAACUGUUUCUAACAGAAUUCUCGUUUUACGAUGUUUGAAUUUUUACCUUUAACUCUGAUUGUAGUGUUAAUGUCUCAAAAGAUUUUCUGAAUGAUACAUUUAAUUUCAAAUGAUGAAUAGUGGUAAAGGGAGGCAUGUGUGUGAGAUUUACAAAAAGAUGUGCAUUUAUUGUACUGUUAUGGCACAAUGCUGAAAUAGAGUUUCCUGUGUCUGUAUGGGUUGGUCCCAGAUCGGUUUGUGUGAUUUUUCUAUACAGUUCAAACCCAUCUGGGACCAGCCCACACAAGCCAGAACCAGUUUACAAUAAACUUACAAAAAUGCACAGAGUAUCACUUAUACUUUCAAGUUUUCAUUUCAUGCUUGCAACAAACUUCUGUGAACUAGGAUAUUGACCUCUUAGGCAUGAAUAAAUCUUGCAUACUCAAACUA